GGUUACUGGUAUUUUCACUCUUCCCGUAGACGGAAACUGAUUCUAUCUAAAAUCGGGAUGACUUUGAGGUCAGUGAGCUGGGUCAGACUAUGUCGACGUCUCGGAAUAUACAUUGUACUGGGAUACUGAAACUGAAACGAGUCAUAUUGGUACAUACUUAUUAACUUGAAGUACUGUGCAGAGGUAAAGCGAAGAUUUUAUUACGGGAUUGUUCUGGUGCUCAUCUAACGCGACAGUAAAUAAAAAUGGGUGCUGGUGCAAGUAAAGUAGCAAGUGCAGCCAUCAAUGCCAAAAUGAACACGAUGCUUUCUCAAGGAUCAUUGAUGAAGACAGAAUGGAGAACUUUAUCCUGGGAUGAACAGACGAGAUCUACGUUGAUUGAAUCCAUUCGAGAAUAUAAACCCCUGAAUCAAGUGGGUGUGUCGGCUGCCCGUAUAUUGUUGCUUGGUCCAGUCAAUGUCGGGAAGUCGUCAUAUUUCAACACGAUCAACUCAAUUUUUCGCAAUCACGUGACUGCGCAAGCUGCGGUCGGAAGUCCAUUAGAUGAGGCGUCUAUAACUACCAAGUUACGAGCAUACCAAAUUCGUAACGGUAGAGAGGGAAAAGUCCUUAAUUUUCGUAUUGUCGACACAAUGGGUCUUGAAGAAGAAAGAAAACAAGGAUUCGAUCCAUCGGAAUUGCCAUACAUCCUGGAUGGACACGUACCCGAAAAUCACCAAUUUGACAACAAAGGAAAUAUUUCUCAAGAAAUGCACGGUUAUAUAAAAUUGCCCAAGUUAUCAGACAAGAUACAUUGCUGCGUUAUUGUUCUGGACGCAAAUUCUAUAUCCAACAUGGGAGAAGGGCUUUUGCAUAAAAUUUCGGACAUGAGGGGGAAAAUAACCUCUAGAGGUAUACCAAUGAUUAUUCUGCUGACUAAAAUUGAUAAGGCAUGCAGCCAAACAGCAUCCAAUGUUUCGAUGGUAUAUCGAAGUUCGGUUAUACAAAAUAUUGUAGCCCAGACAAGCAUAAAAAUUGGUGUUCCCGUGAGUUUUAUUUUGCCGGUGAAAAACUACACUCAUGAAAUCGAACUUGAUCCUUGGGUAGAUGCUCUGGCACUGAGCGCACUACAACAAAUGCUGAGAUUUACGGACAAUUAUUUUGAUGAGUGUCUUUCGACCUCAGAAACUGGAUAUGUGCAGCCAGAUAAACCCAGCUCAGAUUUGUGGACACGAAAUGCAACCUUGCCGAAUUCUGGUCAAGUGGACAGACCAAAGCAAAUUUGGUCGCCUAAUGGAGUGGGGACGCCGACAGCAGUUGCUGAGCGCAUCCCGAACAGCGUAACGGGGAGUAUGCUACAUCGCCAACGCCUUUCUGCUAACGACAGCGUUCGUGCAUCUCCAAAAAUUGCUGGUGUUGCUUCUCCUCGUAGAGAAAAUCUUGAUGAAGUUGCGGAAGAAAACAAAGUAAAAGAUACGACAGCUCAAGAUGUAGACGACAUUCUGGCGGAUGAUGAUGUAGACAUCGCAAAGCAAAAAAGUCCAGCAAAGUUAAUAGAAGGAGCUUUGCCCAUUCCAGGUGCUGUGCCGCAGGAAGCAGCAUAAUAAAACUCAAAGCAUGUCUUUUAUAUAUUUCUCUCUUUUUUGAAAAAUGGCGUAUUUUGUGGCCAGACGAACAAUUUCUUGUGAGGAUUUCUCCAUACUUUUGUACAUACAACAGAUUUCACGCUCUUACUUUAUAAAGUACAACAAAAAGUUUAUUAUGUGAUCGCGUGUAACUGUUUUGAAUAAAGUAAAACCACUACGCGGGGAAGCUGUUUUUCAAAUGCCACGGAGGUCAUAUUGUGUCGUAAUUUAUGAAGAAUUUAAUUAGUUUACCUACACGAAAUUGUCGCUUAAAUGCAAUUUUUUUGGAAAUUUUUGGUACGUAGCCGCUGGGUUCAACAAAUGUCGAAGACAUGACAGCAAUAACCGCCACAAUGCAGUGAGUUAUUAAUUAAUGCUAUUAUCACAUCAAAUCUAAUCUUUGAAUCAUGUCAAAAAUGCGCAUGUGUUGCAGAUUCUUGUCUCCACUCUGGGUAUACAAUAAACUGAAUAUAAAUCUAA